GUCCGUUAAAGGGAAAAAAAAUGGAAAAGAAAAUUUUAAGUUCUUGUCCUUUCCUCUCAUUCUUAAACCCAAACUUAUCUUGAAUCAUGUUGGGUUGAAACGAAACAAAGAAUGAGCAUCACAUCUCUCUUAUUCUUCAGUUGCUCAAAAUUAUCAAGAAACCCAAUUCCAUCUCUACGUGAAAUUGGUGGUCCUAUUUGCAAAUGGAACAAAUAUUCACCUACUCAUUGUGUGUCUCUCACUGCCCAAGCUGCUGCAGUCAUGGGGGAGGAUGAAGAUGAUGAUUAUGAUUUACACUCCCUCUUGCAGAUUCUUCCACGUGAUAUACAUGAAAAUAUUCGUUUGGGAUCGAAUCAAGCUCAACUCUUAGAGGUAGUACUGGAUCUAGGCCGUUUACCACAAGCACACUAUCUAGGUGUUUCUGGUCGACAGUAUCUAAGAAAUUCUGAGGUGUCAUUACAAGAGUUGGAGCAUGCUCAAGAUGCAGUUGGAGAAUUUGGGGGAGAUAAUAGAGCUGGAAUUACUGGUACCUUGCACCGCAUAUCUGCAAUUAGAAGCAGAAAUGGUUCAUUAGUUGGUUUAACUUGCCGAGUUGGCAGGGCUGUCAGGGGUCAUAUUGCUAUGGUCCAAGAUCUUCUUCAGUAUGGAGAAAGCAUCUUGUUUGUCGGAAGGCCUGGUGUUGGCAAAACUACUGUUAUGCGAGAAAUUGCUCGUGUGUUGUCAGACGAGCAUCACAAAAGAGUGGUUAUUGUUGAUACAAGCAAUGAAAUAGGAGGUGACGGGGAUAUUCCUCACCCAGCAAUAGGAGGGGCUCGAAGAGUGCAGGUUCCAACACCAUUGAUGCAACACAAAGUCAUGAUUGAGGCUGUUGAGAAUCACAUGCCCGAAGUCAUCAUUGUUGAUGAGAUUGGUACAGAAGCUGAAGUUCAAGCUUGUAGAUCAAUUGCUGAGAGAGGGGUUAUGCUUAUUGGCACAGCUCAUGGAGAGCAGCUAGAAAAUAUAAUAAAGAAUCCUACUCUGUCUAGUCUGAUUGGAGGAGUACAAACUGUGACCUUAGGCGAUCUAGAAGCUCGAAGCAGAAAUAGCAAGAAAAGCAUUCUUGAGAGGAAAGCUCCUCCCACUUUUCCUUUUGUGAUAGAGAUGAGGGAGAGGCACUACUGGAUUACCCAUAGGACAGAAAAAAGUGUAGAUUUCAUCCUUCGAAGCAAAAAGCCACUUGUCGAGGUUAGGAGGAGAGAUGAGCAGUUCAAUGUUGUUAUUGAGAGAUGGAAACAAGUUGAUUGAUUAUAAUUGUUCCUGUCUCAUUAUUGUAAAUAGUAACUGGCAGUCUUUGUUUUCUAUCGUCACAAAUGCAUUGGAAGCCGAGGACACGGAAAUUUCUAAUUAGGAUUAUCACUACUCAGUUCAGAACGUACUCAGCUCUGCCUGUAUCAUAUGAAAGGUGGAUUCAGUAUGUAUAGAGGCUUGCAUAGAUACAUGUUUUCAAUGAUCGUCUUUACACAUCUGAAAUGUAGUUACAGAGCUUGUCAAUGUAUAUACAACUAGACGGAGAAAUGCUUAUCCUCUCUCGUAGAAGUUUCCCAGCUCCUAAGCUCGGUUCUGGCUGGACAGUAUUCAUCUGACUACUUGAUAUUGGACUUUUUGUUAAAUAGCCGAGUUGUAAUUUAUUUAUUUUUUAAAUAUACAGUGUCAUGUAUGCAAUCUCAAUUGUAACUUUCGUAAUUUGAUAAUCAACUGACUUUAACCGA